CCCUUUGGCUCGGCUCGUGCACGCAACAGUCGCGGGCGGAGAAAGGAGAGACGAAGAAGGGCUUCUUUACCCGCGACGUUGAUGGCGGUAAGGGUUUCCUACCUCUCGAUCUAGACCCUCCUCUUCCCCUCGUCUCUUCCUUCCGGAUCCCUAAGAAACCCUAGCCCGAAUUCCUCCAUCCCUCCCCCACCCCCCCCCCCCCCCCCGGUUCGGAUUCCAAGAGAAGCUGCGGUAGUCACGAAUCGGCGAUGGGCGCCCAGGGCAAACCCUCUAGUUCUUUGAAUUCCCUGCUUGUUAAGGUAUACCGCUUGAUUGAUGAGGGCAAAUGGGAUGAUCAGGGAACUGGGCAUGUUAGAAUUGAUUAUCCAGAGGGCUCCGAGGAUCUUAGUUUGAUUGUUGAAGAAGAAGAAAACGAAAACUUGAUUGUGCAUCGCAUCUCAGCAAGUGAAAUCUACAGAAGGCAAGAAGACACCAUAAUCUCGUGGAGAGAUUCAAAAUUGGCUACGGAUUUGGCAUUGAGUUUUCAAGAGGCAACUGGAUGUUCAUUUAUAUGGGAUCAAAUAUCUGAAGUUCAGAGAAACCUUCACUUCAGUAAUCUGGCAGUAGGUCUUGAGAUUGGCUCCCGUCCAGCAUUGGGAGCUCUAGAAGCUAGUACUAUUAUGCCUUUAAAUGAUGAUUCUUUUCAUACUAUCAACAGUGAAUUAAGAGAUCUUCCAUCUGUUGAAUUGUCCAGUCUUCCUUUUAUUUUGAAGAUUGUCGUGGAAAGUGGCAUCACAGAUCAGUUGCGCAUUGCAGAACUGAUAUUACAAGAUCAGGAGUUUUUCCCAAAGCUAAUAGACCUUUUCAGAAUGUGUGAGAAGGUAAAAAAUAUGGAUGGUCUUUACAUGAUUUUCAGAUUGGUUAAAGCAAUAUUUUGUCUGAACAGCCCUCAGGUCUUUGAUAGAAUUUUUGGAGAGGAAUAUGUCUUGGACAUCAUUGGAUCCCUUGAAUAUGAUCCUGAGCUCCCUCAAGUGCAACGGCAUCGUGCUUUUUUGAAGGAGCAUGUUGUUUUCAAGGAGGCCAUCCCUAUCAAAGACUCGUCUGUCUUGUCAAAGAUUCAUCAAACUUACAGAGUUGCUUAUGUAAAGGAUGUGAUUUUGGCAAGGGUGUUGGAUGAGGCUACAAUAGCAAGUCUUAGCUCAAUCAUUCAUGGAAAUAAUUCUUUUGUUAUUUCUUUGUUGAAAGAUGAUACUUCUUUUAUACAAGAAUUAUUUGCAAGGAUGAGAUCAACAUCCACUUCAGCUGAAUCAAAAAGGGAGUUGGUAUUGUUCUUGCAUGAAUUUUGCAAUCUGAGCAAAAGUUUGCAGCCAGUUCAACAAUUGCGGCUUUUCCGAGAUCUUGCUGCUGAAGGCAUAUUCGACAUCGUAACAGAUGCAUUGCAGAGUCAGGACAGAAAGCUUGUUUCUGCCGGGACAGACAUCCUUAUCCUCUUCCUCAACCUAGAUCCUAGUCUUCUCAGAACAUAUGUCAUCCAGCAAGAGGCAAAUUCUCUUCUUGGGCUUCUGGUUGAAGGUAUGAUAAGCAAUUUCACAGAGGAUAUGCAUUGUCAGUUCCUUGAGAUCAUUCGCAUAUUGGUGGAUUCACACAAUGCUUCGGGAUUGCAGAGAGAUGCAAUUAUUGAUAUUUUCUAUGAAAAACAUCUCAAUCGAUUAAUAGAUGUUCUUGCAUCAUCUUGUCGAACAAGAAAUAAUUCUCCCACCAUUCCGAGAUUGGUUACCUCUUGUGGUGGAGUUGAAUCUCAUGCUGUCACUAAGCCUGAAAUUUUAUCGAACAUCUGUGAUUUGCUUUGCUAUUGUGUGGUUCAACAUCCCUACAAAAUAAAGUGCAACUUUCUUAUGAACAAUGCCAUGGAGAAGGUCUUGUUUCUGACAAACAGAAGAGAGAGAUUUUUGGUUGUGGCAGCUGUUCGUUUUAUACGAACUGUCAUCUCUCGCAAUGAUGAGCAUCUUCUUCACCAUAUUGUGAAAAAUAAUCUUCUGAAACCGAUCAUUGAGGCCUUCAUCAAGAAUGGUGAUCGAUACAAUAUGCUGCAUUCAGGAGUACUGGAACUUCUCGAGUAUAUCCGGAAGGAGAAUCUCAAAAUUCUGGUCAUUUAUGUGGUUGAGUGUUUCUGGGAACAACUACUAAAAUUUCAGCAUCUGGGGAUAAUUCAGGCCCUAAAGAUUAAAUAUGAGCAGUGUCUGGAGAAAUCUGAGGCUAACAACACUAAUACUGCAGUCGACUCUCAAAAAAGGAUAGAGGAGCGGACCCUUGAAAAAGAGGAGGAAGACUACUUUAAUGAAGACAGUGAUGAAGAUUCUGGUGCUCAGCAUAUGCAUAACCAACAUGCACAUGCGACGUUGCCUAAUGGAACCAAAGUCAACUACUCAUCAAGGUCUGGAUCUGUUGGACUGGUUGAUUAUGAGGACGACGAAGAUGAUGAUGACUAUAAUCCACCUCCUAGGAAAUCAGAACCUUCCAUGGACAAUGAUGAUGAUGAUGGUUUUCCCAAGAUUAAACGCAAGUCAUCAACUACUGUUAGUUUGAAAGAUGAGAAGCUUUUGGUGACAAAGAAACAGAAACUGGAGGUUCGUUUAAAUGAUGGUGAGGAUGCUUCUGUGGCUUCGACCUGUGGCAACCAUGACUCACCCUGUAAAAGUGAGCCCUUGCAUGACUCUCCUUCCCAGUUAGAUUCAAAUGGAAGACCAGAUGAAAGUGACAUUGAAGGUGAAUCUGCAAACCCUCAAAUCCAUCGUUUAUCUGAUGCUUCAGAUACUGGGCAGUCAAGUAGAGAUGACUGUCCAUCGGUGCCCCACAACAAUCCAUCGCCCAAGAGGGUGGUGAAUGACAAAAACAUAUCUGGUUCGGAGCCAUUUUCAGUACGAUGAAGUGACGCUCCUACCGGGGCAUAAUUUGUCACAUUUGAUUUGAACCAAGGAACAUCCGGAUAGAAUGUCUUCCCUCCAAGAAAAAGUGAUGAAUUAGAAGAUCUCAACACCAGUAUGGUGACACGUAGGUUCCAAACUUCAGAUGAACUUUGGGAUUGCAUGAGCUGUGCAACUUGAGCAAGUAAACUGAAAUGACAAAACCAUUCUGCAGCCUGUAAUAUGCUUGCUCAUUUUCAUGACAUUCACAGAUCUAAUGCAUCUUUACAUGAUCUGGGCAAACCAAAAAAAAGAAGGGAAAGAAGAAGAAGAACAAGAAAGAGAAGAAAUUGUGGCCCUUUUUUUCCUCAGAAAUUUUGUGGGAAUGUUUUUAGUAUCAUUAUUGUAAAACUGAACAGAUUAUAAUUUUCUAUUGAAAUGUCAAUAGCAGAGCAGGGAUAGCAGAGUUAGAUGGCCAUUGUAAUUCAUUUGUGGCCUGGAUAUAAAAAUUACCCUCUUGGCCCGAGGUGUUGAUUUUUCUCCUCA